GAGGAGGGGGGAGGAGGAGGAGGACACAGCCAUGUUUGGAUGGAGAGAUGGAUGAAGGAGGUGGAGGGUUGAUAAACUCCAUCUCAGGACAUCAGACUCUCACUUCUGUCCUCGUCCACCUCUAACAUCGUCCCAGCAGGUCCCGAUCUGUUACGAAACAGCGCCCCCUGCAGUCAUGUGUGAUGAUGAGGAGAGCACCGCUCUGGUCUGUGACAACGGAUCUGGUCUCUGCAAGGCCGGGUUCGCUGGAGACGACGCCCCCAGAGCCGUCUUCCCGUCUAUCGUUGGCCGACCCAGGCACCAGGGAGUGAUGGUGGGCAUGGGGCAGAAGGACAGCUACGUGGGAGACGAGGCUCAAAGUAAGAGAGGAAUCCUCACCUUGAAGUACCCCAUCGAACACGGCAUCAUCACCAACUGGGAUGACAUGGAGAAGAUUUGGCAUCACUCGUUCUAUAACGAAUUGAGAGUGGCUCCAGAAGAACAUCCCACACUGCUGACGGAGGCACCGCUAAACCCUAAAGCUAACAGGGAGAAGAUGACCCAGAUCAUGUUCGAGACCUUCAAUGUUCCCGCCAUGUAUGUGGCCAUCCAGGCUGUCCUGUCUCUUUAUGCCUCCGGACGCACUACAGGUAUCGUCCUGGACUCAGGUGAUGGUGUCACUCACAAUGUUCCAAUCUACGAGGGUUACGCUCUGCCGCACGCCAUCAUGAGGUUGGACCUGGCAGGCCGUGACCUCACAGACUACCUCAUGAAGAUCUUGACCGAGCGUGGAUACAGCUUUGUCACCACAGCGGAGAGAGAGAUUGUUCGCGACAUCAAGGAGAAGCUAUGCUACGUGGCUCUGGACUUCGAGAACGAGAUGGCGACGGCAGCCACCUCGUCAUCUCUGGAGAAGAGCUACGAGCUUCCUGAUGGUCAGGUGAUCACCAUCGGCAAUGAGAGGUUUCGCUGCCCAGAGACGCUCUUCCAACCAUCUUUCAUCGGUAUGGAGUCAGCGGGAAUCCACGAGACAACCUACAACAGCAUCAUGAAGUGUGACAUUGACAUCCGUAAAGACCUGUAUGCCAACAACGUUCUGUCAGGAGGAACCACCAUGUACCCUGGAAUCGCAGACCGCAUGCAGAAAGAAAUCACUGCGCUGGCUCCCAGCACCAUGAAGAUCAAGAUCAUCGCUCCCCCAGAGAGGAAGUACUCGGUGUGGAUCGGGGGCUCCAUCUUGGCCUCGCUUUCCACCUUCCAGCAGAUGUGGAUCAGUAAGCAGGAGUACGACGAAGCUGGACCCUCUAUUGUCCACCGCAAAUGUUUCUAAAGGACCUGCCUGGGUCUCUGUGCUCUGCAACACACCCACCCACACCCAAACACUUUACAACACAAUCUGUGCCUUCAUUUCCCUCUCGCAACACGCCACUACAAUUCCACAAAGUUAAUAUGAAUAAAUACUUCUGUAGAGUCUAAUCAGUGGUUUAGAUCAAACACACAUCGAUAGACCCCAGGCCGACUAACAAACCCCAGGUCAUCUAACAAACCCCAGAUCAGGUAAUAGACCACAGGUCGGCUAACCUACCCCAGGUCGACUAACAGACCCCAUGUCGGCUAACAGAUCUCAGGUCAGCUGACCUACCCCAGGUUGACUAACAGACCCCAUGUCGGCUAACAGAUCUCAGGUCAGCUGACCUACCCCAGGUUGGCUAACAGACCCCAGGUCGGCUAACAGAUAUCAGGUCAGCUAACCUACCCCAAGUUGACUAACAGACCCAAGGUUAACUAAAAGACUCCAGGUCAGCUACUAGACCCCAUGUCAGCUAACAGACCACAGGUCAGCUAAUGGACCGUAUACUCCAGAAAGGGAAAUGUCAUAACAAACAGGUAUAUGUUCAGAACACUCCCACCCCCCUCCCCCAUCUUUUGCUCACCUGAAGACUGUGAAUGUGCUGCAUGUCGUCCUCUUUGUCCUCUACAUUGGUUCUGUUUGUCAAAAACUUUUUACUUUUUUGAUGAAUAAAGUCUAAACGGUGCUCACUCACACUGCAUUACAAUCAUAUCACAGCCUGCAUGAAGGGUAAACUUUGGGCAGGUGAACAAGAGGCGUGGCCUCAGAGAUGGUAACAGGUGAUGUAAACUACAGGAAUGUGUCAAAUGGCCCAGAAAUAUAAUAAAGAGCUCUGAUUCAACUCUA